AUGGCUAUGGCGUACAAUCAAUACGCCUACAGCCAGUCCCAGCAACCAACCUCGCCGGCACAUGGCCAGCCACUUCAUCAACCCGGCGUUUACAGGAUGAGCAGCAUCUCGGGCGGUGACCCUAUGGGUCGCCGGCCAAGUGCUAUGUUUGGAAGGGCUCGAAGCGAUGCAAUGAGCAGCCUCCUUACAGCAGAGGGGCCCAUCGGUCAAAGCCUGUCAGCCCCGGAGGAAGAAGCUCAAGAUGAAGUGACAGAAGUAUCAGAGGAACCGUCCACAAAGCCCAAGUUUCAGGCAAAACUCGUGUGUGGCAUAUUUGAUGAGCGACCCUUCUUUCCCACUGUGUUGCUGCUGUCACUAAUGCUUGGCGCCAUUUGCAUGUUGACGCAGCAGCGGGCAUUGAUCAGAGAGAUGUGCGGAGGCUCAUGGUUUUUCACCAACUUCUUUGCCAUUCUCUACAUUGUCACACUGGCAUGCGUGUUGACGUGCCUUCUUUCUGAUCCAGGCCAGAUGAGCAGAGAGAAGUACAAUGAGAUGCAGUCUGCUGGCCUCCCGCUGCCCAAGCGGUCUCACAAAGCUUGGCUCUACAAACGGCCGAUCCUGCGUUUUGAUCACUACUGCCGAUGGGUCACGAACGUCAUAGGCUUGAACAAUCACCGUGAGUUUAUGGUGAUGUGCACAGGGCUGGCUGCAGUGGCCGUCUUGGGGGUUGCUGUAGAUGCAGCUCUCCUGCUGUGGUGCCUUCCUCAAUUCAGACUUCCGAUAUUUGUCCUUCUACAUCUUGGGUAUUCGGCCAUAUUUGGCAAGUACAUUAUGCCCAUUUUCAUGAUACAUGUGGGCUUUGUGUCAAGGAGCGAGUUGGCAAAGGAUUACAAGAACGACGAGUUUUGGGUUCUCUUCGACAAGGAGACAGGUGAGAGCACUCCAGCACAAGAUCUCGACGCGGAUGUCUACAACGAGGCUUUUGACAACGAUGCUCUUACCUACGACAGCAAGAGGAACCCGUGGGACAAGGGCUGGGCGAGCAACUGCAUGACAUUCUGGUGCAUUCCAAGAUGGACUCCAGCCCGUGCUUGGUGGGUCCGCCACUGUCGGCGCGCCUUGGAGUGCCACCCACUCCUGCAGGGCCGCGCCUACCGCAGGACACUGCUGCAGAACUGUGUGUCCACAGACUCCUUGAGCAUUGCUUCCUUCCCGCUGGUGGCUGGGGACCUCAUCAACAACGAGUGCGCCAACGCCUUGGCGGAUGUCGGCGGGCUCCGAGUUCGCGUUGUGUCGGAGGCUCCCACGGAGAUGAAACCCGGGGAUGGCGAGAACACCGAGGUCGACACCCUGGAUUGGUGCGACCAAAAUGUGCAGCAGAGAUUGCGGGACCUUCGCAAGCUUAUGCGGUGCCUGUUCCAGGCUUUCGAACUCGACGAUACGAUCAAAACGAAGGACUGCCUAAGCUUAACAAGCCACAAGCGCGGCAGAUAUGGCCAAUGGGUGUGCCUCAACCUCACGAACGCCAUCGUUCACUCUGAUAUAUUUGCCGUCACCUUUGCCGCCCUCACCAUGUACACACUAUUUGCUCCGGACAUCCUGCUUGUAUUCGGACUGAGCACGGAGCACACGCAGUCGCUGGCGAUAGCCAAUACGGUCGUCUUGUGCUUCUUUCUUGUGGAAGCCCCGUACUUGCUGUUAGGAAACCCGCUAGCUUUGAUUCCCGCCCCUCCACCCCUUGCCAUCCUUGCCAAUCUGUCCAAGGCCGUGCUGAGCUGCAUAUUCAUCAACGGCUAUAUGCGAUCUGGACGUGUCUUCCUCGAUGUCAUGGCCAUGGUGAGUCUGGCAGGCAGCUUGAUGGCGCAGCCAGCCCGAAUGGCCUGA